UCAGCUGGUCGCUCAGCAAGAAACGUUGGCUAGUCAUGAAUAAAGACCGCGCUCCGAAACGAAAUAUCGACGAUGAAUCGGAAACGGUAUUACCUUGCAAAGUUGCUAAAUGUGAGACGUUAGUAGAUUGUGAUCAAACUGUCAACGAAAACGUUUCUUCCAGGAAACCAAAUUUGUCUUACAUUGCGAUGAUUUCAAUGGCUUUACAAAGUGUGCCCUCAAAACAGAUGUUACUGUCGGAGAUAUACGAGUGGAUUUCAGAACACUAUCCUUACUACAGACAGGAGGACAGGAGUUGGAGGAACAGUAUUCGGCACAACCUCUCCCUUAAUGAGUGUUUCGUCAAGUCGGGACGGAGCGAAAGUGGAAAGGGAAGUUACUGGUCCAUCCACCCAGCUAACAUGGAAGACUUCGGAAAUGGUGACUAUCGGCGACGUCGUGCGAGGCGUCGCGUGCGGAAAUGUGACGACGAGCUUCGGACACUGUGUGAACCGUCCUGUGUAUCCGGUGAGUCCACGCUACAGACACUACAAGCGUCACCCGUUGUCCAGUUCUACUCCGGGUACGUUCCUAUGAGCAGCACGUACGUGAGCACGAGUUAUCUAAACUCCAUGUUUGGGACGGAAAAAAUCCUUAACAGGGAAAACCAGGUCAGAAAUUUGCACCAGACCAACAGGUUUAUAUUGCCCAAUACCGUUUGCCUUCCUAAUCUCCAAACAUUUACUGGAAACAGGCUCAGUACGGAGGACUAAACAAGAAAACCUCACCUGCGUGUACCUGGUAGUAGUGCCAAGCCUUGUCUGGGGUCCAGAAAGCCGGGGCCGGGAACAACACCGAGUGAAGCUUGCACGUUCUCCUCUCGGUAUUAAAGAAGAACGAGACACAGUCAAUGGUACAGAGACAGUGAUAGGAACACAUUCCAAGGGAGACAACUUUCAUCGAGACCAGUUGCUUAUCACCGACGACAAAGUUCCUGUAUUUCUGCUGUUCGAUGGCUAUCACUGCAUUAUCAGAACCAUAUAUUUCUAUAACCACCAAGUGCAGUAAUAUCAAGAACGUUGAAAUGAACACAGAAGUUGUCAUAGUGGUGAGGUAUGCUACAGAUGCGUCUGUUUCAUUAUUUCUACGGCACCACACUUUUCUACAGUUAUACGACCGUUCAAACAAUUCAUGAAUUUUACUUCACGGAAAAUCUCAUUUUCUCCACUGUGAAGUCCGAUUCUCAUUGUAUGUUGCAAAUGUGGUAAUGACGCGGAAUGGUAAUUGGCCGAGCACGUCCCGGCCUGGUAACAAAUCCUCCAGUUAUUACAUGUACAAUCUGCAGUCAUGCACGGUCCAACCAGCGCUUGGAAUAUUUGCAAAGCGUCGAUGUGAAUAAGAUCAUUGUUGUUAAGGACAUAAACGGAUGACGGUAAUGAUGAUGUAAAUCGGGAAGUGUUUAUUUUGACUAGGAGAGUGCAGAGAAUUAUUCAUUUCGAUAUUGCUCUUCCACUUAAGACCAAACUAAAAUCGUGAAGUCAGAUAUGUAUAUAUGCACUAGACGGAAUAUCAAACAACUUCUGUAUACAUUUAUGAUAAGCACUGUAAUCCAAUGUUUGUUACGUUCACUUAGUUUUAUUACUUUUCUUUUUUCAUUUUUCUUUCCUUUUAUCGAGUGAAAAGAAGUCAUAUACGAAACG